AUGUCAAGCGCUAAUUAUCAUGAGUCGCCUCCAGCGCCACAGGGAAUUUCAUGUCGUCCUGUAUACGUCACAACGCUGGCCGGUGUUUUAAAAUUCUUUGAAAUUUUUUGUGAUAUACUUGCGUUAAUUCUCGCAGGUGCAGCACCAGUCUACGACGAAGUUGUCGGUCAUCGAGGAUUUUUUAUAUUUGUGGCUGCUGUGGCAUUGAUAAUCUCGUUCAUUCUAUUGAUCGCAUGUAUAUUAAACGUAAAUAAUGUCCGCUGGCCAGCAAAGUAUAGUGGUGUGUAUGGUGCAGCUACAUUUUUUGGUUUUGCAGCAUUUGCAACCUAUUUAUUUGAUGGCAUUAAUCGGUUUCGUCUAUCUCGUUCUGGUGGCAAUACCGAUGGAAAUCCGCCUCAAGCAGGCCGGCAGGGAACAUAUUAA